GGCCGAUAAUUUUCAUUCGUUAGUACCUAGGUAGGUACCUAUGUAUCAAACCUACAAUUCUACCCCUCCAUCGGCCCCUCCAUGAAAACCACCCCGGUUAAAGCCUAGCCUGGCUGCCUGGGCACGCUUGCAGAUAAGAGACCCAUUUAAUUCGUGACCCGCUAAAAUUUUAGAUUCUAUGAAGUCUUCGUGAACUUCCAAUUCCCAUCCAAUAAACAUUCCGACUGUAGAUAUCAACAUCUAAGAACUCGACAGCUCUGCCCCGACCCCUUAUAAACUGGUAUAGAUCCGACUGAAAGAACGAUGGGCCCACAACGAUCAUCUACCUCGCUGUCUAAGAAGACAGGAAAUAAGCUUCAUCGCCAAUCGCUAUAUGUCAAGCAGAAGAGGGACCGUGAGAAGGAAAAGCGCGAGGCUCGGUUUCGAAGGAAGAAAGAAGAGGAUAAAGAACCUGAGCUAAGGGCUGAGAGAGUUGCGCGUAAUAAGCCAGCCACCAUUGACCGGAAACGAGUCUGGGACGACGUGGACGACGAUGGGCUGGGCGCAAGUGUCGACAUGGAGCAGCUGCUAAAAAAGCGACGCUUACAACAAGAAGAGACUGAGGAAAGAUUAGCUGCGGGGCUGGAUGAGGCGUCUGAUUCUGAAAAGGACGACGAUAAUGACGACAAAGACAGUAUGUUAGGUUCAGACGAUGAAGAGGAAUCGGACGAGGAAGCGGCAGCAAAGGCCCGCGCAAAGCAAGUUAUUCGGGAUGAUAGUCUUGCUCCCUCGACUACUUCAACAAACCUCGAUCUUACACCAGAAUCUUUGGUGGCUAAAUUUCCAUCGCUCUUCUCUGACGAUGGGCCUGCACAGCCUAAAGUCCUAGUUACCACUACUCUCAACUCGACUCUGCAUGAUCAAGCGAGACUACUCUGCACCCUAUUUCCGCAUAGCACAUAUAUACCGCGGUCGGCGCAUAAGUAUAGUUAUAAGUAUAGUGUGAGGGAGAUCUGCAAAUUCGCAGAUAAUAGGGGUUUUAGUUCUGUCAUGAUUCUUAGGGAGGACUUGAAGAAGCCAAUCGGGCUGGAUAUUGUCCAUCUGCCCUCAGGACCAACAUUUCACUUCAGUAUCUCAAACUGGGUUGAAGGGAAGAAGCUACCGGGUCAUGGUAAUCCGACAAACCACUAUCCGGAACUACUACUCAACAAUUUCAAGACACCCUUAGGUGUUCUCACUGCAAGGCUCUUCCAGUCGCUUUGGCCCAAGACCCCCGAGCUACAAGGUCGUCAAGUAGUUACCUUACAUAAUCAGCGUGAUUAUAUCUUCUUGCGUCGACAUAGGUACGUCUUUCGAGAUAAGCGAGCGACAGAGAAAAGCGUGGUUGGCGCAGACGGGAAGGAAUUAAAGGGAGUAGAAAAUAUUCGAACAGGUCUUCAAGAGCUAGGUCCGAGGGCAACACUUAAGCUUAGACGCAUCGACAAGGGAAUUGGCCGGGCUGGGAGUGAAGGAGAUGACGCUUUGCAAUGGGAAUGGAAGGCUAAGAUGGAAAAGCAACGAACUAGAUUCAACCUCUAAGCCUCUUUUAAAGCUUACUUUGCUGUCAUAUGCAGACAUAAGCCAUGACAAUAAUCCAAUAUACCCGUGGAGUAGCUCGUAUUUAAGUCUUGACAGCAUUACAUGCAGA